GGAAGUUCUGUUUGAUGAGAACAGACCAGAGUCUCCACAGUCAGAUUUAUUAGACAAUGAACUAGACAAGUUAUUUAGCUACCAAACUUUGUCUCCAGAUUCAUUGUCCUCUGUCUGUAACGUUGCACUUUUGUCUGAUUGGCAGAUUGAUUUGAGAGCAUCCUCACCAGAAUCUGUUGCUUCAACUGAAGGUCAAAUGUUGUCUUCUUUCCUGACAUCUGGUCAGUACUGUAACUACUACCUAAGUUGUUCAGACACUUGGCCAACAUCACCGCUGUCAGUGUUACCCGAUGAGCAGGACUUUGACCGUUGUCUGAAAGAUAUGUUUGAUGAGAACAGAGCAGAUUCACCAGAUUCACGUCCUCCAACUUUUGAAACCAAACCCUCUGCUGUAACUUUACCUUUAACAGCAGUGGUGAACUCUGCAAGAUCUCUUACAUAUGCUGAAGUAGUGCAAGGUAUGACUCAGGAAAAACCAACUGAGCCUUUGUCAAGCUUGAGUUCUUUUGAGCUACAGGAGACUAUGUCGUCAGAACACUUGGAAAAUCCAAGUAGCCCAACUUUGAUAGAAGAUUGGUUUUAUGAUGUAAGACCUAUUUCUCCUGAGUCUAUGAGUUCUCAAGGAGAGCAUMGACCCCUCUCUCUUGACUCACCUGUUCCCCAGUUCAGGUGUUCUCAUAUUGAUUGCAGUGUGGAUCUGUCAUGCAACAGAUCGUUUACACCAGAAUCCAMAUUAUCAGACUGGGAGGAAACGGAUUUGUGUCUGGAAAGUCUGUUUGAUGAGAACAGACCAGAGUCUCCACAUUCAGUUGUAUCAGACUUUGAACUGGACAGGUUAUUUAGGUACAGAGUUUUAUCUCCAGAUUCAAUGUCCUCUGACUUUGACUUUGCACUGUUGUCUGAUUGGCUGAGUGAUUUGAGAGCAUCCUCACCAGAGUCUGUGGCUUCAACUGAAGGCCAAAUGUUGUCUUCUUUCCUGACAUCUGAUCAGUACUGUAACUACUACCUAAGUUGUUCAGACACAAGACCAACAUCGUCGCUUUCAGUGUUAUCAGAUGAGCAGGACUUUGAUAUUUGUCUGAAAGAUAUGUUUAAUGAGAACAGAGCAGAUUCACCUGAUUCACUUAUUCCAAAUGUUGAAGCCAAACACUCAGGUGAAAACUUACCUUUACCAGCAGUGGUGACCUCCACAAGACCUCUUACAUAUGCUGAAGUAGUGCGAGGAAUAUGUCAGGAAAAAUCAACUGAGCCUUUGUCGAGGUUGAGUUCUUUUGAGCUACAGGAGACUAU